UUGAUAUGUCAGAACCUCUAAUUUGACUUCCGAAAAUCGGUCAAAUCAAAUUGUCAGACAAAAUCAUGAUUAUUUCAUUCUAUUUCUGAACAACUUUCAUGAAAUAAUUCUCGAAACAUUUGAAAUUUACAUAGAAAUUUAAUGGGCACUCAAAAAUACUCCCUUUGCUCUUUAGCUUCAUGUUGAAAGAAAAUUUAUGGAUUUGGAAUUAACAAUAAUUUGAAACGUUGAUUAAAAUUGAUAAACUGAAUUGUAAUGGGAAACAGUAGUAAAAAACAAGCUGCAAAGUGUAAUUUUUUAUCAAAAGAUGAACAAAAUCUUGUUAGCAAUUCAUUUCGAUUUAUAAGUAAGAAUUCUGAUCGUAUUAAGGAAGAUGACUUAAAUAAAUUAUGGGGUAGUCAAAUCGAUCCACGUCUUCUACAAUACAUAAAUAAUUACUUAUUUGGAAUAGGUGAAGAUAAACAAGGAUUUGUUUCUUUGUCAGUAUUUGCAGAAUUAUAUGUAUUCUGCACAAGAGGGACAGUUGAUGAGAAAUUCAAGGUUCUUCUGAAUUCUUUGGGAAAAUCAGAGAACGAUACUUGUGAUUUACCUUAUUCUUUAGUCAAAGAGUAUGUCGAAAGUAUAGUUUCAUCCUUUAUGAAAAUACAGAAAGUGACUAAUGGUAGACAGUAUAGAUCUUGGUUCUCUAAAGGAUGCUUUAUAGCUCCACAAAACAUUCAACGCCUAGCUGAAUCUUUAUCUAAAGACCUGUCUGUGGGUGAAAGUAUAACUAAAAUUACUUUGGAAAACUGGUUACAAACAUGUACUCUACUAGGACAAUUACUUCUUUAUGUCUUCAAUCAUUUAUAUAAAUUAUCACACAAAGAUAAGGAGAAACCUGUUGAUAGAGCAAGCAUUUCAAAUGAUGACGAUGAUGCAGUUGAUAGAGAAUCACAAUCAAAGGAGAGGAGUUUGAUUCCAAUAUGUAGAGGUUUAGAUUUAAUCCCAUCAUAUCCUAGUAUUUUAGAUUUAAACCAAAUCAUAUUCAUGAAUUCUAAUCUUCCCCAAGAGUUUCAAACGGAUUGGAGAUUUUUAUUCAGCUCUGAAAUACAUGGAGAAUCUUUCUCUACCUUAAUAGGAAGAAUUAUUGAUCAAGGACCAACAAUACUUGUUUUGGAAGAUAAGAGUGGUUAUAUCUUUGGAGGUUUUGCUCCUGAGAAUUGGACACUAAAUCCCAAAUUUUUCGGAAAUGACAGCAGUUUUCUGUUCACAUUAGCACCAAGAAUGCGUAUAUUUCCUUCUACUGGAUAUAAUCAGCAUUUCCAAUAUCUCAAUCUGCACCAGCAUACACUUCCUAAUGGCUUGGCUAUGGGCGGUCAACAUGGAUACUGUGGAUUUUGGUUGGAUAGUGAAUACGGUUUAGGGCAUACAAGUGAAUCUUGCACAACCUACUCUGGUUAUCAGCAAAUGUCGGGUAUCAAGGAAUUUCAAUAUAGGCAUCUAGAAGUAUGGGGCCUAGGAAAACCUCCUACACCAUCUUCUAAAUUGAAGAGGGGACAAAGCAAUGAGAGACAGAUUGGUCAUCCAGAAAGUAAAGCUUUAUUGAAAAUGAUAGGACGAGGGACUCAUAGCGAAGGAAUGGAAGAGGCUCCGCCAUUAGUUCAUCAUCAUAAUUGAAAACAAUGAGUUACACAACAGAGAAAUAUCACAAACAAAAAUAUCUGUAAGGGUUUUUCAAAAGACAUAUGGUGCCAUUUCUCCUGAAGUUUUUAUAAUUGUAUUUUUGACUAAAAAUUUACUUCACUGAGGUGCAGCUUACUAAAUGUGAAUGUUUCCUACUUUGUGGUACCUACCUAAAUUUACCACAACUACUCUCUUAACGACAUUCAGUAUCGAUUUUAUUUAGUUUUUUCAGUUGGGUUCCAUUAUCACCAAAGAAUCAUAUUGAGAAAGAAUUUUUUUUAUUAAAUACACCUCAACAAUUAUUUCUUACUGUGACAGCAUAGCGACUUAAGUAGUUGGCGAUCAAAAUAUUUGCUUCAGGUUACAAUCUUAGGAAUGAAGCAAUUGAAUCUUUUACCUGAAAAGUUGAAACUGUUCAACAAAAAUGCUUUUUUCUAAGCUAAUCAGAACAGAUAGAAGGAGUAGUAGCGGGUUGCUCAAAAAUUUGGUUGUGGUACCAAGACAUCAGAAAAUCAGCUUCAUCAAAAUUGCAACGAAUUAUUUCAGUUGAAAUUAAAAGACAAUCAAAUUUUUGUACAACCAAAUAUUGUGACUCAGAUCAUUUCCUAUACUUACUCUUUAAAUAUAAUAAUUUCCAAAACUUUAUUGAAUUAAUUAAAAUUUAUAUAAAAUUUCUCAUUUUAGUUUCAUUCAAGCUUCAAAUGUAUUUAUAAAAUUUUGAGUAAGCAUGCAGUCAAAAAAAGUUCUCUUUUCUUGAUUUGAUAAAGUUUUGUAGAACUCAAAGUUACUGUAGUUAAGUUGGAUCAUUCAGCAAAAAAGCAAUCAAAGGUGAUUCUCAUCUUCUCAUUAGCUGAAUGAAAUGGAAGAAAAGUCUGCCAAGAAUGAAGCACAAGGUAAGUUGUUUUUCUUUUGAAAAGCUACUCAUCAUGAAAUGUUCAUAUUUCAUAUCUUAAUUAGCUUUCAAUAAAAACUUUCGGAGCUAGGAUUGAAUUUUUAAAUUUCUUAAUUUUUUAUGAUCAAUCAUGAUGAAAAUAUUAAUUAUUUUAGUUCCAUUUUGCAUUGUAUUAGAGAAUUAAUUAAUUUUUUCAAAUAUAUAGUAUCUCUGUAUUUAAUUCUAAAGGAACAUAUAAAAUUUGCUAGUGCAUGCACAGAACAUAACUGGUUAUUUUAACUAGUACAAGAUCUAAGCUUCUGAGAGGUCUCACAGAUGCCUAGGAAAAGCAGAAUAGGAAAUGUACAAGGAUUCAUUAUUGUGGAACAUUUUUUAAAUAAGGUAUUAAGUCCUUAUUCGUUAGAUUUUAUAUAAUUUUGGUAGAUUACCAAAUAAAUAUUUAAAAAUAAUUUAUUCCAUCCGGUAUGAAUGCAUUUAAUUCACCUCAUCAUUAUGCCAAGUUCUUCAGAGUGCUUAGCUCUAUAUGAUUUGAGAGUAUAAAACAUGAAAUGUUUCAUAUUUGUUUCACUUAUAAUGUAUGUAAUUCCUUCUGGUUUUAAGCUCAUUCAUUAUUCUGAUUGCAAUAAUUAUUGCUAAAAUCUUCAUCUUCUUUCUUUGCUCGUUUUUCUCAAUCGAUAUAAAUUAAUUCAAAAUAAUCACCUUUUGAAUCUCUCUGAACAAUUGAUAGAAUUAACCACAAUAAAAAAUCAACGUGAGGAUGAACUUGUGAGAUUUUUAUUGAAUGAAUGUAUUUUUAAAUCAACAUGUGAUAACUUUCUUGUUGAAAAUUAAUUGUAUCCUUCUUAGUAAUUCAUUAUAUCGCAUUAGUUGAUCUAAUACUAUUUUCAUUUGAACAGUUUUAUAUUAUAAGGUAUUAUAAACUUAAUGUUUGUGUUGAUGUAUAUGAGCUUCUUAACAAUUUAUCUGUUAGAGUGAAAAUGCACAACUAAAAGAGCAUUUAUUGAUUGUUGUUGACACUGAACCUUGAAAACUCCAAUAAUAAAUGUAUUAUUACAUUUUUAUAAGUAAAUGAUAUAUAUGACUUAAGUCAUAAGCCAAAUUAAAUGUAACUCAAUCUGAGAUGAAUAAGUAUAUAUUUAAACAUUCUUUUCAUAAAACUACUUACAUUUCUUAAAAAAUAUACACCAUUUAUGUAAUUGUUAUUAAUAUUUAUCAAUCAUAAAAGAUAGAAAUAUAAAUUUUUCUACAAGGAUCUCUCCGAUUUCACUACAACAUUCAAAAUCGAUCACAAAUUUAGUGAUCGAAUAGGUCAUAGGGUCUUUAGUAUAUCAUCACAGAUAAUGAUAAUAAUGAAAAGAUUGAUUCAGUAUGUUUAUUGAUUGAAUGGAAAUUUGAGGUAUAUGCUUUUUGAAAAUUCGACAUUAUCUAUUACAAAAGUGACAUAAAAAUUAGAUUUUCUACACCAAACGAAAGUAAUUUUUCAUCCAAUUGCAAAUUUUUUCAUUUCAUAAUCUGCUGUGAAUAUAAUAACCUGCCUGCCUUGUGAUGUAUUUUGAUAUCAAUACUGUUUUCUAUAGAUUAAUUUAUUUUAGUUGUUGAAUUCAUUUAGUGCUCUGUCAAAUAUUAAAUUUUACUCC